UGCAUCGACAUUUAAUGGAAUGUGUGUCACGGAGAUAGUCGAGAAAAGUUCCGUCCUAGAUAAAAUUAAUUUAUCUCACCUGGCCGACAAUCAAAAACUAAAGCUACAGGAAGAGGAAAAACAGAUCGCAGUUACACAGUCCAAAAGGAAGCAACCAGUGAAGGAAGUUACACCGUCGAGCGAGGAAGAGUCCGACGCUGAGGAGCAGAUCGACGAUCAGGUUGAGGACGAUAGCGACUUCGAGGCAGAAGACGUGGCUGAUUUAAUUGAUGAUGAGGCUGAGGAAGAUGAAGCUGAGAAUUAUGACGAUGAGGAAGAUGAUGACGAGAAGGUGGAGCUAGGAGAGCUUUCAAAGACCUCAGACGCGGGGAAGGAAGAAGACUCCGACGAAGAUGAUGAAUCCCCUGUAGAGGAGCCUGUUUCCAAGAAAGGCAAGGAAAGUAAGAAACCCGAGGAAUCCAACUGAAGGAUUAAAAAAAAGAGCGGAAUCCCUAAAGUGUCCGUUGGUAGGAUUCCCAUAGGAACGCCAAAAAAUCAGAUCGUCUAUGCCGCGAACUUAAAAAAUGAAUACAAACACAAGGAUGUGGUCACCUUAUUCGCCAAGUUCGGACCGAUCUAUGCAGUGCACCGUAUCACUAACAAGUUGGGUUCCAAUUCAGUCAUUGUGGCCUUUGAUACGCCGGCUGCAGCAGAAGCCGCUUUGCAAGCCAAGCAUAUGGCGCUGACUCUUGGAGAAAAUGUUUUGACCGUAUCUCAGGAGAAGGACAAGGAAGCUUUAAAUGAUCGCACAGUUGUGGUUGCCCUGUUUGGACCAAAAGUCACCAAAGAGGAUAUCAAGAGCUUUAUCGAGAAAGUAGCUCCCGUGGAGGAUGUAACUUUAACUGCUAACCGCCUUAUCCCCAGAGCAUUUGUACGUUUAAAGCCAGUAGAUGAUAUUCCCAAAGACUUAAAACUGCACAGCUCCGAGCUCUUUUCUCGCUUUAUUACGGUGCGACCUGUUUCGCUCAAGGCGUUUUCAAAGUCCAAUGAACUUACCCAACAACCGAUGAAGGCUUCUGUAAAUCAUUCUUGGCCAACGAAACUAUCGUCAACCGCGUACCUAUUUUUAUCGAGCCCAACUCUCUGCUGAAGCACAGAUUAAUUAAAAUACGCACUGCAAAAAGCCACGCCCCCGGAAAGUUCCAGAAGAACACAUUUGGCCACAAACCUUUUAAUAAGCGUACGUCACAUGAAAAUGGGGGCAAUCCGUUUAUAAAAAGGAAGUUAGAAACUGAAUAUGCCGUAGGAGAAUUAGUUGCCAUAAAAAGAACACAAUAUGGAACUGGAAUGAAACUUCGUCCAAAAUUUUUCGGCCCUUACAAAGUUACUAAAAACUUAAUCAGGAGCGUUAUGAAGUAAAGAAAGAAGGUAAUCAGGAGGGACCAAACAUUACUA